CUCUCUCUCUCUCUCUCUCUCUCUCUCUCUCUCUCUCUCUGUGGAGUGUGAGCUGCAUGCCCGCUCACGCGGAUACACCGCCGUCCUGCUUAUGGAGACACACACGUCCUUUAUCGCCCCUUUAUACGACUCGAGGAGGCUGCAGUCAGCAGUGAGGACACGUUUCUGACCGUUGCCCUUUGGUUCCAGGUGGAAAAUCUCCGCUUUUCCCGCAAGCAUGUCUGCGAGAGACUCAGUGGAAGCAGUAGAGCAGCAGCAGUUUUCCUCUCUCCAGCCCCAGCAGCAGCAGCAGCAGUGUGAGCAGAGCAGCAGGAGCCAAUGGUCAUGGUGAAGGAGAAAGUGGCCCAUCCUCAGGAACCCCACCACCCCCCAGAGAAGCUGGUCAUCCAGUGCUACAAGUGUGGGGAGCCAUGCAAAGGGGAGGUGCUGCGUGUCCAGUCCAGGCACUUCCACAUCAAGUGCUUCACCUGCAAAGUGUGUGGCUGUGACCUGGCACAAGGGGGAUUCUUCAUGAAGAAUGGAGAGUAUUUAUGCACGCUGGACUAUCAGAGAAUGCACGGGACACGUUGUAAUGGCUGCGGGGAUUUUGUGGAAGGAGAAGUAGUGACGGCCCUGGGCAAGACCUACCACCCUUCAUGCUUCGUCUGCACCAUCUGCAAACGACCGUUUCCUGCUGGAGACCGCGUCACCUUCAAUGGAAAGGACUGUCUUUGCCAACGCUGCGUCCAGCCAAUGUCCCCCCCUCCAAAAGACAUCAGCGCUUCCAGUAACUGUGCAGGCUGUGGCAGGGAUAUAAAGAAUGGACAGGCUCUGCUGGCCUUGGACAGACAGUGGCAUCUCGGCUGCUUCAAAUGCAAAGCCUGCGGCAAAGUGCUGAGUGGAGAGUACAUCAGCAAGGAUGGAGCUCCAUACUGUGAGAGGGACUAUCAGAUCCACUUUGGGGUGCAGUGCGAGGCCUGCCAACAGUUUAUAACAGGGAAAGUUCUGGAGGCAGGAGAUAAGCACUACCACCCCAGCUGUGCACGAUGCAGCCGGUGCAACCAGAUGUUCACGGAGGGGGAGGAGAUGUACCUGCAAGGCUCAACAGUGUGGCAUCCAGACUGUAAGAGCAACACCAGAGUAGAAGAGAAGUACAGGGCGGCGCGGCAGCGUUCAGGGAGAAAGCCCAGUCCCCUUGAUAUCUUUUUCCCUCUAUCCCAGUGUCAGUCUCAGUGUAAGAGCCAGGGCAGCGGUGGCUCUCAGUGGUCUGCAGGCAGGCCGGAGCUCCUCCCUCCCUCUGUAACCUCACUGCACCAAUCAGAAAGGCAGCCCACAAGGUCUUCGUCUGAGAGUAUCUGUUCUCGACCUGGCUCCAGCAUCCCUGGCUCUCCGGGUCACACCAUCUAUGCAAAAGUAGACAAUGAAAUCAUUGAUUACAGGGACCUAGCAGCCAUCCCCAGAGUCAAGGCCAUUUAUGACAUAGAGCGUCCAGACAUGAUAUCCUAUGAGUCUCUCCACUCCACCUCCUCUACCCUGGACAGACAGGGCAGACACAGCCCUGGAGAGAGUACAACAGGUGAUCAUCCCCCCAGAGGCCAUGCCACAACCAUGCCACAAGAUCUUUCCCCUUUGUCAGCACCUCUGUCAGCAGAGACAUCCCCGAGGACCUUGUCGCCCACCCCCUCUGCUGAGGGCUGCUAUGACAUGAGAGAGCGCAUUAUGCAGAGAUCUACCAGCCAGGGCUCCAUUGGCUCACCCGUGUACAGUCGCCACAACUACAUGCCUUCACUGUCCAAAUCACCCCAGCACUUUCACAGACCAGGUAUGCUGAAGCUCUGCUCCUCUUUGCGUUCUGGCAACAGCGACAACCGCCCCACUUCCCCUUUCCGACAUCACUUCCUCCCCCAUAACAAAGAUUCUUUCUGCAUAGGCACUGAGCCAUCGAGUGGCCGCAGUUCCCCCCUUUCCUCCCGGCCGGCCACCCCGACCCUCUCUCUGACCCCUAAACAUUUCCACAUCCCAGACCAAGGCAUGAACAUGUACAGAAAACCACCAAUCUACAAACAGCAUGAUUCAGCUGCCCUGGCAGCGCAAAGCAAGUCUGCCGAUGACAUCAUCAAAUCUUCCAAGUUCCCUGCCGCUCAUGCUCCCCGGUUGGAUGAAACACCAAAGAUUGAGACUGACUACUGGCCCUGCCCUCCUUCCCUUGCUGCCCUAGGCUCAGAUGUGAGGAGCCGCUCACGAGAUGAAGACGAGGAGGAGCAUCUGAAGCGCAGACAUCUCCAAGAAGAACAUCUCAGCAAGAUCCAGUCUGGUCUGGGGAAGCUCAUUCUGAAGGAGGAGAUGGAGAAAGAGAUGAACAGGGAAAGAUAUGCCCGCACUCUGACCACUCAGCGCUAUGACUCUCAGCACACCAACUGCACUGCGGAUCCCAGCUGUCCAACAUCCAAAACCUCCUCACUGCCGGGAUAUGGAAGGAAUGGCCUCCAUCGGGUAAGCAACUGUCCCCAGUCCACAGAAUUUUCUCAGUAUAACAGUUAUGGAGAUGUCUGCGGAGGUCAGAGAGAUUUCAAGCCCAUCCAAGAUGGCCAGGUCCCCAUAAGCAGAAUGGACAGGGGAUUGUCAAUGCCUAAUAUGUUGGAACAUAAAGUGUAUCCAUAUGAAAUGCUCACUGUCACCAACAGAGGGCGUGCUAAGCUCCCGAAGGACGUGGACAGGACGAGGCUGGAGCGUCAUUUGGCACCUGAAGUUUUCUUUGACAUCUUUGGAAUGGAGAUCCAAGAGUUUGACAGACUUCCCCUGUGGAAGCGCAAUGACAUGAAGAAGAAGGCCAAGCUCUUCUAGCCAGGAAUCUGCAUGUUUUAAUUUAUCAGCCACUCCAAUAAUGUAUUAUAGAUAUAGUCUUCUGAUUUUCUUUUCCUUUAUUAUUAUUUUAUUCCUUUUAUUUUUGCUUUUUUUGGUUUGCUUUCCAACAGUCUGCUAACACACAGACAUAAUUUAUCUCCUUUUUGCUUCAAGAUAACAACUACCCCCUUUUUUGCCCUGGAUGCAGAGUUUUCAUUUAGGUGGAACUUUGGUUAGGACUGAAAUACAGUGGAAUUUAACCCUUUGAGGGGAGGACAGAGGAGUAAAGAGAGGCCAAUCUCUGUACUCUCAUUAAAACUGCCUUCAGAGCAAAAGUUUUCUCUUCUUCCACUCCUUCCUUCCCAUCUCAUAAAACAGGACUGUAAUUUUUGGGGUGGAAAAGGGGUGGGGGCUGAAGUCUAUCGGCAGGGUUCUUCCUCUAAAAAGGCUAUUAAGGUGUUGGAGGCACAAGAGUUCCAGCAGCCCCCUGCUGGUGUGGUCCUAAUAAGGGCCUUGAUGUGCAUUAACAGGGGGAAGUGAGAGCUACUGUGCAGAGCUGAAGAUGACAGACCCGGGUCCUGCCUGCAGGGGAGAGAAAGGUCUGGGUUUUGGCUCUGGAACACAUUAGAGCCUGUAGAGACUCUGAGAUGUGUCAGCUGUGGCUUACUUCCCUGCCAUCUCCUCUUAAGCCUUGAGGCCUCGUAUAAUCUUGCCAUAUACGAAAUGCUCCUGAGCUGGAUGCUCUUUCUCUAGCCUUUAAGUCCCAUCUCCUAUUUUUUUAACUUAUAAAAAGCUAAUAUCGUAUUUGACAGGCAGGUGAGGUGGUGGUGGUGAAAGCUUAGGAAGUUAAAGCCUACUGCUUGCUCCCUCCUUAAAACAUGAAGGGGAAUGUCCACCACAAGAGGUCAGGCUUGUGUUGUAUAUACGGAGGGGGAAUAGAGAUGUUCUCUGCUUAAUUCCCUCCAGAGUACCACCGAAUUUGACAAUCCUCUCCUUUUGACCACUAUCAAAACUGCAAUAUAUAUCUUUUAACAGCAUAUCACUUUGAUUAAAGCUAAAUUUGAAAAGUCUUUGAUAUUGACUGCUUUUUAUAAAGCUGAAAUAUUACAAACUGCCACUGUGUUGCUGGAGUAUUGAUGGAGCUGUAGCCAUAGCAUAUGUGCCAGAAGUAGGUUUGAUAUCAGGGCCCUAUCUGCCAUUCCGUUUAAAGCUGCCGGACGAUGCCGUUCCCAUAGACACUGGGUGUGCUUGCUGUAGUGUUAUGGGCUGAGGCUGAUCUUUAUUCCCAGGAGUGUCCUGUGAUGCUAACAGGGUUACUGACUUUGGACUGGGAAAUAAAAAAAAAAAACAUAGUUUUAUAAUAUCACACAACACAUAUGAUGAAACUCUUAGAAUCCAAGCUAUUUCACAUGUACAAUGAAUGAAGAAAAGUUGGUUUUGAUACCCAUGCUGUGUUCCUCGCCCUUUUCUGUCUUUUAUGAAGGAAAGAUUUGAUGACAAUGAUGUAAAAUCUCAACUGAGUAAUAAAACUCUGCUUCAGAUAUUCAUA